AUGGUCAUGGGCGACAAGAAGAGCCCGACCAGGCCGAAAAGGCAAGCCAAACCUGCAGCCGACGAAGGCUUUUGGGAUUGUAGCGUGUGCACCUUCAGGAACAGCGCCGAAGCCUUCAAAUGCAGCAUCUGCGAUGUCAGGAAAGGCACCUCCACAAGAAAACCUAGAAUAAACUCUCAGUUGGUGGCACAACAAGUUGCCCAGCAAUAUGCAACCCCACCACCACCUAAGAAGGAGAAGAAGGAGAAAGUGGAAAAACAAGACAAAGAAAAACCUGACAAAGAGAAGGAAAUUAGUCCAAGUGUCACAAAGAAGAACACUAACAAGAAGACUAAACCAAAGUCAGAUAUUGUGAAAGAUCCUCCUAGCGAAGCAAACAGCAUACAGUCUGGGAAUACUACAACAAAGAACAACGACUCAAAUCACACUUCAAGACCCAGACUGAAAAACGUGGACAGAAGUACCGCACAGCAGCUGGCAGUCACAGUGGGAAAUGUCACAGUAAUUAUCACAGACUUUAAAGAAAAGACUCGCUCCUCUUCUACGUCGUCUUCUACAGUGACCUCCAGUGCAGGAUCAGAACAACAGAAUCAGAGCAGCUCGGGCUCUGAGAGCACAGACAAGGGCUCGUCCCGCUCCUCCACGCCGAAGGGGGACAUGUCGGCAGUCAACGAUGAAUCUUUCUGA